AUGCAAACGACCAAAAGGAAAUUUAACGCACUGCUGAACAGUAUAGGCUCGCGUCCUUCAUCCAGCUCAAAAGAUUCGAAAGAUCUCUUGCAAACGCGAUCAAAAAUAUCUCCAUUGAGCGAAGAAUUACUGUCUAAGAAGCGACGGGUCAGCGCCUCGGCUUCAAACCAAGGUUUGCAACGUCUAGAGGUCUCAGGGCUGAUACCGCUAUCCUCAGACCAAGAUAUCAGACUCAUGCAUUCAAAAGUAACCAUCAAUUCAGGGGAAUCGCUCAAAUAUGCCCCCUGGGACAGAGACGAAUUUCUCAAGCGUCUUCAGUCCUUUUCAAACAUCUCAUACUGGACGCCAAAACCUCCGCGAGUGAACGAAGUGCAGUGGGCCAAGAGAGGAUGGAUCUGCCAGAAAUUUGAAAGGGUCCGCUGCUGCUCAUGCAACGUUGAGAUUAUUGUGAAACUUAAUCGAAAGGAGGUAGAUGGAAAGGAGCAGCCUGUUUAUGUGGCCCACGCCAUAGAGGAUGAGCUAGUCAAUAAGUAUGUCGAUUUAAUCGUUAGUUCACAUCACGAAGAUUGUUUAUGGAGAAAACGUGGCUGUGAUGAUUCUAUAUUCAAAUUGCCACUUCAUCACCCAGCAACUGUCUUGGUAGACUUGAAGCAAAGGUAUGAGGAAUUGAAAGCAAGCGGUCAACAUCUACCAUAUUUGCACAACUUGAGGCUUCCGGAUGCAUUUGACUUGGAGAGAACAAUACAACAGCUCCCUAGCGACUUUUUGUGUUCACCCAACAAAUCCGACCAAAUAAAUACGACGGAGGUAGAUAGGGUUGCCUUUGCCAUGGCAUUAGCUGGAUGGCAAGGGCAUAGGCAUGUUCAGUUUGGACUGCAAGUCACCUCAGCAUCCUGCCAGGCAUGUUUUAGGGUUCUAGGACUAUGGAUCUUCAGAAGCAAGGAAAUGAAUGAAGCAGGAGAGGAAUUAUUAGGUGCGACGAUGAACUGUCUCGACGUAGUCGGGGAACAUCGCGCAUACUGUCCAUGGAGAAAUCCAGCCUCACAGAAUGGAUAUAAAAUUGAUGAGCCACGCAGUGAUGCUCUGCCUGGCUGGAAAAUCGUCUUACGUGUAAUAAACAAUGAGGUAUUAUUAAGCAAACAGCAAGUCCAAACAACAAUGGCUCCUCGAAGAAUAGGAGAAUCUUACGAUGAAUCUAAUGAUGUAGAUACUUCUAGCACUCGUAGCGCCAAGGACAAAGAGAUAAAAUCCAGACUUAUGCGGGUUCGAAGCCUCUUCGAUCCGAGCAGUGCAAGAAAAAAUAUCAAGAAUGGACUUCGUCACCGAGUUAAGCAAACGAAUACUUAG